AUGAACCAUGAUGUGUCGACCUCCUUGUCAUCCUCUUGCGAUGCGUACGAGGUUCUAGGUAUACAUCCAUCGGCAAAUGCGAGCGAAAUUCGUGCUGCGUACCUUCGACUUGCUCGUGAGCACCAUCCAGAUAAAGUCAGGUCGCACUCACAGGGUGGUGAACAAAUGCAGCGUAUUGUGCAAGCAUACGAAGUACUACACGACACUGUCUCGCGUGCGUACUAUGACGAGGAACGUGCGGCCAAGCAGAGACGCAAUGUUCCUGUACGCAUAGCAGAGACAGUACCACUUGAGUGCAUGGAAGCAGUAGAGCAACCUACGAUGCAUUUCCAAUACCCAUGCCGCUGUGGACAGGCGUACGUCAUUGCACCUGACGCACUCGUGCAAGAAAACGGGUACGUAGGAUGCAUGGGCUGCUCAGAAACGAUUCAUGUUGUCUGGGAUGAAGACAGCGAUGACGACGGCGACAGCGGGCCCGGCGAGCGCAUUGAGAACGAGGGAUAA